AUGGCCUCCAACUACAACGAGAGAGACGGCACGUCUUCAGCUCUCCUUGAGCAGUUGGUGUACAUUGACAACUUCAUGUCAAACACUAGUGAAGGAACCCCAAAUUUGGAUGUAGACGGUCAGCUAUCUUUGGAUCUUGCAGCCUUUGCUGACGAUUCGUUCAUCUUCCCUGAUGCUGAUAAGCCCAAGAAUAACAAGCACGGGGACAACAACGAUGACCAUUUUGAUCACUUUGAAGUCGAUCCAAGUAAUCUAGACAACAACCGUAGCCUCCCCAAUAACAAUAAUGGUAACAGGAGUGACAAAAGUAACCUUCACCAUGACUUGACCAACCUAAUUAACAAGGCUUCUCCAGUGGACUUCGCGGACCACUAUGCUGGCCAUAACAGUCUUGAUUACUACCCGAAUGGUUCGGGCCAUAACAUUAAUGGCAACGGUCACAGAAUUGAAGGAGCUUCUACUUCUAAUCCGUCAACCCUUAACGUAUCUGAACUCCCCAAGGUGGUCGUACCGCCAGGUGCACAGUCGUCGUUGGUUGCAGCAGGCUUACUGCAGAACCAGAUCGAUCUCUUGGCAGCGUUGGUCGCUCAGCACCAGCAUUCGGAUCCCAAAUCUAGCCAGGCCAGCCCUGCUGCUUCAUUGACCCCAAUGAAUGGUAGUAGUAGCCUUAGCAACAACAAUGACCUUGGCAGUGGUGGGGUAAGGCAACACAAUCAGCUCAGCAAUUUCCAUUCGACCACUGACUUUAAAGAUUUGUCGUCUUCUACUUCCCCUACAACAUCAAGCUCUUCUUCGAGUAGAAUAAAGAUUGAGGGCUCCCCCAUAAAUAACUUUUCGUCCUUCAGUAGCACGGCGAGAGACCACAGUAGGUCCUUGUCCUAUGAAAGUGGAAAUAACAAUGGAGGCGAGGCCGGAUCCGCUUCAGAAUUGGAUAAAAGACGUCGUAACACGGCAGCUUCAGCUAGAUUUAGAAUAAAGAAGAAGAAGAGAGAAAAGGAAAUGGAGCUGACUAUUUCCAGUUUAAGUGAUGCGACAAGAAAUUUGGAGUUGAAGAUUCAGCAGCUCGAGAUGGAAAAUAAGCUCUUGCGCAACUUAAUUGUGGAAAAGGGUAGUAAAAGAUCCGAAGACGAAUUGAGAGAAUUGAAGGAAAGGGUUCAAUUACAAGGCGAAGACGAGUUAAAGUAUGACCAGUUUAGAUAA